CCGCGGCCGGUGCCCAGGCCAGGAGAGCGACAUAGCUUUUUAUUUUAGUACGACUCCCUGGUGCCAUGCCAAUCAACGCUGUCAGUGCCAAUGAAUGGUGCACACAAGCAACCCAGACCUAGCGAAUGAUUUUGGUCUUCUGGAGAAAUGGACGCAUGUUGCGUAUAUUUGUUACUAAACCGGAGCGAGCAAGUAGUUUUGGUGGAUUGCGAGAGAGUGCUCACCGGAGGGGCUCGGUUUUGGGGGCUCUGGAGUAAAUUAUAGAGUAAAUUUUACUUGGGAAUGCUGCUCCGUUUCAUUUCUUCUUCCUCAGCGAGGCCACCUCUAGGCUUAGCACACCACAGUCAGUGCACUGUGCAAAGUUCGCAGUCCGACUGUCUCCAGGAUUUUACUAGGACUCCACUUACACUGUAUCACUAUGGGACCAUAGUGGCACGAAGCGGACAACCAAUAAUGAGCGAGAGAGGUUGAACAAGAAUGAGCGAGAGAGGUUCAACAAGAAGGAGUGGAAGAGCCUCAACAAGAAUGAAUGAGAGAGGUUCAACAAGAAUGAAUGAGAAAGGCUCACCAGGAACGAGUGAGAAAGGAUCAUCACUUGGUCAGCUACCCACACAUGAUGUAGUACACAUGGAUGUACACAUGGAUGUAGCCAUGGAUAUACAUGAUGUAGUACAUAAUAUGGAUGGUCCAAGAUGUCAACUCUACAGGUCUGCAAGUAUAUGUACAUAGACACGCACGCACCUAGGAUCUCUUAUCAUGGUCAUGCUGCUAGUGCUGCUGCUGCUGGUGUUAUCCACGGCUCCACCGCAGUGCUACUGCUCACAAGCUGCAGCUCGUCGUCUCCAGUCCGGUCUCGAGCACGGUUGGCAUAGCAACGACGAUGACGGCAAUACACACGUUGCAAACUCAACACCACCGUCACCGUCAUCGCCACUGCACUUGCUGCCGUGACCAGCGUUCCUGAUGUACGCUAUCGGCGGUGCAGAACAGUUCACUAUGCCACCAAGCCACAGCCAGCUGGAGCUCAUUGCCAAGAACUUCCGCUUCAUUCAGGGCAGUUCUAACACCAAACAGCAAGCGUACAUGCGGCAGGUCAACCCGGCGUUUCGUCCUGUCCAGUACUUUAUGACCCACACAGCACCCAGCAACCAUUUGGAGCACAUUGCAGCCAGUCUGGAGACCGUACUGAUGUACGCUGCCGGCCUGCUCGCUCAGGCCAUCAACAGCAGUGGCAGUGACGCAACACUGAACGCACUCGUGGAUGAAAAGCAUUCCCUGUUGAAAUCCAGCACACAACCAGGGACUGGGUUGAUAGGAGACGCGAGGACUGGUUGCAGACUGCUGGACGGGUUCUGCCUGCAAGACUUUGUUGGUGAAUUUCAGCCAUGAGAUGGAGGAUGUAAGUAUUGUAUAGCUGUGCAUACAUACAUACAGUAAGACUACCAUGAUCUGGGUAUGUCCCUCUACCAGGCAUCUUUCUGACCUCUCUCCCUCUCGAUUUGGUUAUUCCUCUCUUUCUUAUUUAGCCGCUGACCGCUGGAACUCAGUUCCGGCAUCGGUCCGCCUUGCUGCUUCACCAAAUCAAUUUCGUAUCGCAAUCCUAGAUCGGCUAGGGUACCCCGUAA